GGCUCUUCCACUCCCAUGACACCUUUGCGUUCACCCCACCUCUGGCGGCUGCACACACCGGGCGGUGACGCAGCUGCGGCAGGACGUGUCAGGUGUCUCGAGGCUUCGGUAAAGUCCGCACAGGUGUUCAGAUAACUGCCAGAGAUGGAAAGUGGCCCAUUCAGUCGACGGUCCUGGGCGACACAGUCCUUGCGCGUCACAGCGAAGGAGCUGUCACUGAGUGGAAGAGGAAAAAACAAUGCUAUAGCUGAACGCUUCUCCAAGUACCAGAAAGCUGCUGAGGAGUCAAGUGCAGAAAAGAAAAAGACAUCUGAGAGUACAGCACCCUCCCUGCGGACAGCCAACCUGAGUGCUCUAAAGAAGCGCUGGGAGCAGGCAGGCAACAUUGAUCAGGCAAAAACUGUGCCUCCUCCCAGCCAGUCCAGCUCUCGCUCUCGACCUCCUGCUCUGUCCAGGCCCGCUCCUAUCGCCGAGCACCCUCCUGCAUUAAAGAGUCCCGGCCCGCUUAGCACUCAGGGAGGUCAACUUACAGCCAGUCGUGUCCGGAAGUCCUCAAACACAUCCCAAGGAGAAGAACAGAGAGGGAUGGAGAGGGAUGAGGUGACACACAGUGGAAGACCUGAAAAGCUGGAAGAGCAAGUUCCAACCAGCCCCUGUGCCUCUUAUGAAAAACCCAGAGUGCCACUGAACAACCUGAAGAUGAAGUUUGAGAGGGGAGACGACGCCAUCGGCAAGAGUGGCAGGACAACACUGCGCAGUACUUCAUCAGAGGACAUGGACCAACGUGGCGGUCCGUCAGUGUCUGACAGAGUGUUGGAGUCGACAUCCAUGAAGGAGAAGAUGAAGAAGUACCAGGCUGCUGUUUCCAAACAAGGCAACACUCGUGCUGGUCUGGCCUCAGACGUGCCUGCUGCAAAAACAUCUACACCCGAGUGCAAUGGGGAGAACGGCGAGCAGCCCAAAGCAACAAGGAAGUUCUGCCCACCGGUGAUGGAGAAGUGCAUCGCCUGUCUGAAGACCGUGUACCCGCUGGAGAGACUGGUGGCUCUUAAACACGUCUACCACAAAAGCUGCUUCCGCUGUGUUCACUGUGGCACAAAUCUCAGUCUGGGGAACUAUGCCUCUCUGCAUGGUAACGUCUACUGCAAGCCCCAUUUCAGCCAACUGUUUAAGUCUAAAGGCAACUAUGAUGAGGGAUUCGGUCAUCGCCCUCAUAAGGAACUUUGGGAGCCACGAGCCGACGAAGAGGAAGGUGAAGAAAUGGUGAAGCCAAAAGAACAACCAGCAGCAGUGCCACGUUCAGCUAAGAGUAUCGCAGAGGAACAGCCAACCCCAGCUGAGGAAACAUCUCCACAGGUAAAGGUCACAGAUAUGACCGCCAUGCUGGAGACUCGUGUGCAGACGAAAACAAGCUCCGGUGAGAAACUCCAGUCUGCAGAGAGGCCAGCUGAGACACGCAGGCUGAGGGUGGCCUGGCCUCCUCCUGGUGGCGAGGGCCGCUCCGAGACCACGGUGGUCAGUCCAGGCACAGAGGGAGCUCCUUCAAGCCGACCCUGGAGAGCCAAGUGGCCCCCAGAGGAUGAUGCACCAUCAACCUUCCAGAGCUCAGACCGGGCUGAACUGGUAAGCCUGAGGAGGAGCUCUUCUCUCAAGGAACGCAUUCGGCCUUUCACAGUCGCUGCUAAACCCAGCUCCGCAACCACUCAGGAACCCAGAGGACCUCGUCGCCCUCUCAAAGCCCUGAUGGACUGGAGAAAAUCUUUCGAGGAAAAGAACCCAUCAGAAGAGUCGCCUAAGGAAAACAAGCCAGAGCCUCAGCAGGUGAAACAGGAAAAGAAAGAGCCUCAAAUACCAAGUGAAGCCAUCUCAGAGGAAGACGCGGAGACUCAGGAAGAACAAGAUGAGCAAGCACGGAGAGGAGAGGCAGCAGCAGACAAGAUGGCAACAGAAGAGGGCUCUCUCAGAAGCAUCUCCACAGAUGUUUCACCGUCACCCUCUCCACCUUUACAGCCAAAACAGAACCGCUCCUCCCAGGAUGUGGGCUUCUGGGAGGAGGAGAAAGAAGGAAGUGAUGCAGAGGAGUUGAGCGCAGAGGAUAUCAUAAAGAGGAACCGCUACUAUGAGGAGGAGGAGGAGGAGGAGGACUCAUAGAAACAUCUCACGAUGUCACGUCUAUCCAUCUUAAACAUCUUUCAGUCAGUUAUGUUUUCUCAGUUUAAAGGUAGAUCACAAAUAUAGCUUUGCCAGAUUUUAUAGUGUUAUAGGAGAGAUGCACAAAUGCAUAAUAGAUAUGCAAUAACUGCCUUUAAGUUUUGAAAUGUUUGAUUUUUUUUUUUACAUUUUAAUUAUAUACUGUAAAAAUAUCUAAUACAACUUUUAUAUGACUCAUGAUUACACUAGAAGAUGGGCCUCUAUUAAAUUGAAUCAUCGCAUCUCUGGACAUCAUUUCUUUCUUAAUAUUUGCAGCAGCAAUGGCAUAUCAGAUAACCAUUUUACAUUAUGCAGCGCUUUAAGUGCUUUCUGAUGGCAGACAGUGCUCUUGUGCAUCAAGCAAAACAAUUUUUCCGAAUGGACCAAAAUAUCUCACACCUGAAAAGCGUACACCAGCAGAGGAUUUGAAGAUGCUGGUGGAGAAUACAUAUUUUUUAUAUAGUUUUACACACCGCCGCAAUCUAAAUGGCAAAUUAAAGAAAAGAAAACAGAACCCAAAUGAGAAUACUCUAGAUUACAUUCAUCGCACAGGUGUCGUCCUCUCUCAGGGAUGAAAACAUCAUCAGUGUACUGCGCUACGUUAUCACAGGUAUUACAAUAACUGGAAAGUCCACUGCUGUUAAAAUAUUACAGAGCAGACAAUAUGCAGUUUAUUACCUUGACUGUUACUGAGUCUUAAGCUCAGCACUACACCUGAAUAGUCAUAAAGAAUUGAAGGUCCUUAAAAAUUAAAGUCUUAUGAACCUUUAUAUUACUAUCCUGCAGGAGGCACUGUGUUUCAGCUAAAAAUAAAACUGGAGUUGUACAUUUAGGGCAAAUUGCACAGGGGUUAUUUUACUCACAGAGAAGCCAUGUGGAGCAGCCUUCAUAUAUUUUUUUGACAGUCUGAACUUUUCCAAUGUGUCAGAAUGACUUGGAGAUUUUCAACCAGGUUCUGCUCCCCAACUGCUCUAAAACAUAACUAAUUACAUUUCUUUCAGUCCUUUCAGUCUAAUAGCAGAGUGUAUGUUGUCUCUCUGGGCCUUCUGGAUUUUUGUUUUUUUCAACUGGAUCCAGUUUAUAUGUUAUGUAAAACAUUGUAUUUUCAAAUGUGCUGUUGAAUAUAUGUUUGCACUGUGGAGGAUUUUUUAAAUAAUUUGUAUAAUGACACAUUGGGCAUUUCAGCCUUAACUGUUGCUAAAACACAAUUAAAAUGUAUGAACAAGGAAA